CACUCUAUAAUGUAUAUCCAAGGGAGGGAGGUAGGCAUAAGUGUUUCACAAACAUCUUUUGUCACAUUUAUUUUCAGAAAAGAUGACAAAACUAAUCUAUAUAGCUUUGACAUUUGCCUGUGUUUUGUCAUCAGGAAUCUGCAAGGUCUUGCCGGAUUUGCAAUAUGACUCGGAAUUCUUCAACAAGCUUCCACUGGAAACCGUCUUGCAAAGAGAGGAAUCGUUUUCAAUGCCACUGAACAACCUUAAUCAAUUUCUGACUGAUUUGCAACGAAAAUCAAGAAAUGGUAUACCAUCAGGUCUUCUUUUCAACAUAGAUAUACCGUCGAGAAAAACGAAAUUGGAUGCCUUCAAAAGUCUUAAUGGAUCACAAUCCUCUCAAGGGAAACGCAAAAGAUGGAUCGUGUGAAAGUUAUUGACUGCCGGUGCAAUGUUAAAAUAUUAAUCUAGUUACAAAUACAUUAUACGGCCAUCUUUUGCUCGUGUUUACAAUUUACAACAACCAAAGAUUUAGAAUUGAAUUCCCGAGCAUAACAUUGUUGUGCUUUGUACAUGUAUGUGAUUUUUUGGAUGUUCAAUUACAAAGCAAUUAAGUGUCCGGAGUUUUCACAAAAUAUUUGUACUUUUGAAUUUAAUUUACUCAAACUCUAAUUGUUAUUUAAAAAAAACAAAACAAUGACUUGUAGUUAAAUUUACCAAUUUACUCUAUCAGACAUUUUAUUGAUUUUCCAGUAAUAAAUAUUCUCAUAGGUUUCUAGUAUACCAAAUUAAACACUUCAGUUCUAUUAAACAG